AUGACGGGCGGAAGGUUUGACUUCGAUGACGGUGGCACUUACUGCGGGGGUUGGGAGGAUGGCAAAGCCCACGGACACGGCAUCUGCACCGGACCCAAGGGCCAAGGCGAAUACGCCGGGUCCUGGUCGCACGGCUUUGAGAUAGUGGGGGUCUACACCUGGCCCAGCGGGAAUACCUACAAGGGCUACUGGUCCCAGGGGAAGCGGCACGGGCUCGGCGUGGAGAAUAAGGGAAAGUGGAUAUACCGAGGGGAGUGGAGUCAUGGUUUUAAGGGUCGAUACGGGGUCCGACAGAGCCACAACACACCUGCCAGAUACGAGGGUACCUGGAGCAACGGACUACAGGAUGGAUAUGGAGUCGAGACCUACGGCGAUGGCGGUACCUAUCAAGGCCAGUGGAUGGGUGGGAUGCGGCAUGGCUAUGGCGUUCGUCAGAGCGUACCCUAUGGCAUGGCCACCGUCAUCCGCUCACCACUUCGUACCUCCAUGGCCUCCCUGCGCUCCGAGCAGAGCAACGGUACAGUGCUCCACGACCUCUCCUCCUCUGCAGACACGCCGGCGGGCAGUCGCGGCGGCUUCGUCCUGAACUUCCACUCAGACAGCGAGGUGGUCACGGGCAAGAAGAAGGGUCUGUUCCGCCGGGGCUCGCUGUUUGGCAGCCUCCGACAGCUGCGCAAGUCUGACUCUCGGACCUCGAUCUCCAGCAAACGCAGCUCGGCAAGAAGCGAUGCCACCAUGAGCCGCAUCAGCUCCAGCGACGCCAACUCCACCAUAUCCAUCGGUGAUGGCGAGCUGGCCGAUGAAGACCUACCUCUGGAGGACCAUGUGGAUGCCACCACGACUGAGACCUACAUGGGCGAGUGGAAGAAUGACAAGCGGAACGGAUUUGGUGUUUCUGAAAGAUCCAACGGGAUGAAAUAUGAAGGAGAAUGGCUUAACAACAAGCGCCACGGUUACGGGUGCACAGUUUUCCCAGAUGCCACCAAAGAAGAAGGGAAGUACAAAAAUAACGUGCUGGUGCGUGGAAUACGAAAGCAGUUGAUUCCUCUUAAGAACCCCAAAACCAAAGAGAAGGUAGACCGGGCUGUGGAGGGGGCACAGAGGGCUGCAGCCAUCGCAAGGAGUAAGGAUGUGUCAAAGCGCAGAAUUGCGGGUUGCAAGCAGGUUUUAGAAUGGCACAUAUUUCUGUGGCUUCUUGAGAAAGACUGGGAUGAGUCAGCUGGGCAGGAGGGCAGGCAGUCAGGCAGAGGAGGGAGUCAUGUGGAGUUCGUGGCUGUUGUAAAGAUGAUUCAGACGGCCAAGGCUUGGUACAUGGGAAACUCAAGGAACCAAACCAGUCAACUAGUGGGUCGUGGUUUGACAAAGCCUGUUGUCAGUUGCACCUGCCACCACAAACAUGUGUCUGAAGGCUCUUCAUACUGA